AUGGAACGUUCGAGGAUGGCAAAGCCCGCGACGAUCGCGAUCGUCCUUCUAGCUUGCAGCGUCUCGCGAUCGCAGGGAAACCACCGCGAGAACGAUUCGUGGAGAUCGAUCGGGAGAAGGGCACGAGCAGCAGCAGCAGGCGCAGCGGACGAGGCGAUCGCUCGAAUUUUUCGAAUUAUCUCGAGCGGCACGUCGAACGAGAAGGACGACGAGAUGUUGGUGAGCCUCGUCAAAGAGGAAAUCAUUCGCACGGCGCAAAGUAUAAAAACGCCGACCGGCUCCAUCGAGGCAGCCGCCAGAAGAGCUCAAAGGCUGGUCACCGAGUUGACGGAUGCUUACACGACCGUAAUUUACAAAUCGAAGACCACGGACGAGGCCAGAUUCAAUUUUGCGCGUUUCCAGAACACGGUGCAAAAGAUCGUAGACUUUAUAAAGAAGGGGCAGUUUGUGACUUGA